CGAGAAGAGAACCUAUUGUGACCAAAGUCACAACGACCAAACACGACCCUAAAUAUGGGCUCAUUAUGGCGCGCAGGAAAGAAGCUCUCUCUUGUUGCCUCCGCCGCUGCCGGUGGCACCGCGGCAGCGCUCAUUGCCACCUCUGACGACCCCGCAACAGCUCUCAGGCUCUGCGCCACCGUUCCCCACCGCCUCCUCCGCGACGCCGUCACUGCCGCCAACAUUGCGUUCGAUUAUGAAUAUUCGCUGCGUGGAUUGCGGGAGGGAAGCAUUGAGAGGGAGAUGGUCAAGCAUGAAGUUCACCUCCGGUCAGCAGAGAAACUUCGAGACUUGUGUUUUAAGAAUGGUGGGAUUUAUAUAAAGCUUGGGCAGCAUCUUGGGCAGUUGGAGUACUUGGUUCCUCAAGAGUAUGUUAUAACAUUGAGGGAAUCUAUGCUAAAUAGAUGUCCAGUUUCUUCAUAUGAGCAAAUAUGUGAAGUAUUCAAGAGGGAGCUUGGAGACACACCGGAAAAUAUAUUUGCUGAGUUUGACCCAAUUCCAAUAGCAAGUGCUUCCCUUGCACAAGUCCAUGUAGCCCACACACAUGAUGGCCAAAAAGUUGCUGUGAAGGUUCAGCAUGCUCACAUGACUGAGACUGCAGCUGCAGAUCAUGCCACAGUGGAAUUGGUUGUGAACACUCUGCAUAGGUUUUUUCCCAGUUUUGAUUAUAGGUGGUUGAUUGAUGAGAUUAAUGACAGUUUACCCAAGGAAUUAGAUUUUUUGGUCGAGGCAAAGAAUAGUGAGAAGUGUGUGGAAAACUUCCGGAAGUUGUCUCCUCAUGUUGCAAAUUAUGUAUAUGCUCCAAAAGUAUAUUGGAAUCUAAGUACCUCAAAGCUUCUAACAAUGGAAUUCAUGGAUGGUGCUCAUAUAAAUGAUAUCAAGACCAUUCGAAAACUUGGAAUCCAUCCACAUGAACUUUCAAAAUUGGUAAGUCAGACUUUUGCGGAAAUGAUGUUCAAGCAUGGGUUUGUGCACUGCGAUCCACAUUCUGCAAAUUUAUUGGUUCGUCCAAUGCCUUCUGGGAAACGUAAUAUUCUGGGCUGGAGAAAACCUCAGUUGAUUCUUUUAGAUCAUGGACUUUACAAAGAACUUGACUUCGAUACAAGAACUAAUUAUGCUUCACUGUGGAAGGCUUUGGUAUUUUCUGAUGUUAGUGCAAUCAAGGAAUAUAGUGCAAAAUUGGGUGCUGGAGAGGAUUUGUAUGUACUUUUUGCCGGAGUUCUGACUAUGAGACCAUGGAAAAGAGUUGUUGACCAAUCACUGGAUCAUUUAGUUUUUAACGGAACAGAGAGUGAAAUUUCAGAACUGCAGAUGUACGCUUCUGAAUAUUUCCACCAAAUCUCAGAGCUUCUAAGGAGAUUACCGCGUGUGAUUCUUCUAAUGCUGAAGACAAAUGACUGCCUACGAGCAGUCAACAAUUCUCUGCUGCAAGGAUCUUCUCUGGACACAUUUUUCAUUAUUGGAAAGAUUUCUUCCGAGGCUGUCAUCGAUGUGAAGAUGUCGCAAAGUAAGUCCCUUUUAAGUUGGUUGAAUGUCAGAUUGGAAAAGAUUUUGCUGGAAGUACGACUUUGGGGAAUUCAGAUAGUCUUGUGGAUUUACCAAAUAAGAAAGGCGCUAUCUUGGUCUGACCAAGGAUUAGUAUAAAAUUAUUCAUAAGCUACUAAACUACUUUUGUACUACUAUAAACAUUUUACAAAUAAUAAGCUCUUAUACAAGUUAUAGUGCAUUCUUUGUCUCCGUGGUCAAAAUCUCCUGCCCAAUUUGCAGAUUUUGUUUGAGCACGGAUUGAUGAAUUGAUUUAUAGGUUGUGAGAGAUAGGAAAGGAGCAACUAAAGCCUUUUUUUUUAAAGGCUUUAUUCAUGUAUUCAGUGUGUUGUAAAAUGCCCAUUAAUAUGGGAAAAGUACAGUGAGAGAUAUAUAGAAUACUUUUCUACAUUAAUUUUAUUUUGAAUGGCUGAAGCCUGAAAGUGGGUACUUGA